GGAUGUCUGCGCUGCUAAGCUGUCGGAGUCCUCUAGUGCUCUCUGCUGCUCAGUAUGCACUAUAUACAUCAUACAUACUGUAUGCGAUCUGUACCGGUCUGUCUCUUUCUCUGUCUCUCGUUCUCUUUCUCUGCUCCGCUGUUCUCAACUCUAAUUCUGUGCUGACUUUUGAUAUUUUCUCUGCGGGACUCAAACUCAUUCAUUCGGAAACUUCAAUCUCGUGUGAGAGUAAAAAAGGGCUGUAGUUUACCCGUGUUUUUGCUAUAAAACCCUACUGGCAGUGCAUACACAACACAUGUGCAUGUUAUGCAUCAAAGCUCUGUUUCCUAAGUGAAGAUUUCUGCAUUGUUACCUGCUAUCAAGGACAAGUUCAUUUUGUAAAAACUGCACUGAAGAGUCGUGGGGAAUAUGCAUCUGGGCCACAUCUGUGGGAUUUUACAGCAGCUGUGGUUUUUGACUGCUACGGUAGCUUCAGGUUCACAUUUCUUUCAAGACUUGGAGUCUGAGAUCGUUUACCCUUUGGUUUUACCGGAUGCCGCUCCGCCGGGUCCCGAGAGAUUCGACACCCAGGAGAGAGAUCCAAAUGCAGGCAGCAGUUCUCGUGAAGUCCGCUCUAUUUCCAAAGGAGAGGAAUACGAAUCCCAGGAGCUAUACCACUGGGAAACUCUUGGACCGCAGACACUGGCUUUUCCGGGGCUCAGGCUCAAAAUACCAGCCUUUGGCAAUGAGCUCCACCUGAUUCUCAAGAGGGACAGCAGGUUUUUAUCCAGGAAAUUCGUGGUAGAGAACAGACUGAAAGGUCGGAAAGCGUACCUGGACAAUUCAACAGUUACCUCUUCUUCCAGCGCUGAAAGGUCGUGUUAUUACAGCGGGGCUGUUCUUAAUUAUGCAGGAUCCAUCGCCUCCUUUAGCACCUGUGGUGGUCUGAUGGGAUUUAUUCAGCUCAAUCAGGACUUUCUAUUUAUUGAACCUCUAAAUCGCACACUGGCAGUAACAGGGCACGCACACCGCGUUUACAGACGGAAACGAUCAAUGGAGGAGAAAGUCUCACAGAAGCAUUCUUCACAUAAAUACUGUGGGGUUCUUCCUGAUAAAAGGAAAAGCAAGAACAGAAAGUUAACAGAAAUUGGAAGAGGGAAAAGAUACUCCUAUAAAUUACCUCAUGAAUAUAACGUGGAGACCUUGGUUGUUGCUGACCCUGCCAUGGUCAGCUACCAUGGGUCUGAUGCGGCAAAGAGAUUCAUCCUCACAAUAAUGAAUAUGGUUUUUAAUCUCUUUCAACACAAGAGCCUUGGAGUACAAAUGAACAUUCGACUGACAAAGCUUGUGCUGCUUCAUGAGACUCCAGCUGACAUGUACAUCGGGCACCAUGGAGAAAAGAUGCUGGAGAGUUUCUGUAAGUGGCAGCAGGAAGAGUUUGGAAAGAAGAACAUUCACACCGAUUUCUCAACGAGCUGGAGGGAGGAUUUACCGUCCGUUGACACAGCUAUAUUUAUAACCAGAAAGGAUUUCUGCGUACAUAAAGAUGAACCAUGUGACACUGUAGGUAUAGCAUACUUAAGUGGGAUGUGCAGUGAGAAAAGAAAGUGCAUCCUUGCUGAGGACAAUGGACUUAAUCUGGCAUUUACAAUCGCUCACGAGAUGGGGCACAACAUGGGGAUAAAUCAUGACAAUGACCACCCACCCUGUGCAGAUGGCCUCCAUAUCAUGUCUGGGGAAUGGAUUAAGGGACAGAACCUUGGAGACGUCUCCUGGUCUCAAUGCAGCAGAGAGGACAUGGAAAGGUUUCUCAGGUCAAAGGCGAGCAGUUGUUUGCUGCAGACAGAUCCCCAGAGCCUCAAUUCCGUGAUUCUGCCUUCCAAGCUACCUGGGAUGACGUACACUGCAGAUGAGCAAUGUCAGAUUCUGUUUGGACCAAAAGCCUCUUAUUGCCAGAAAAUGCAGUAUGUAAUUUGCUCUGGGCUCUGGUGCAAAGUCGAGGGUGAGAAAGAAUGUAAGACGAAAUUGGAUCCACCCAUGGAUGGAACAGAGUGUGACAUAGGAAAGUGGUGCAAAGCUGGGGAAUGUGUCAGGAAAGCUCUUUUACCUGAGCACACAGAUGGGGAGUGGAGUUCAUGGAGUGCAUGGGGAGCCUGCAGCAGAACCUGUAACACCGGGGUCAGUGUCCGUCAACGCAAGUGUGAUAAUCCCAGACCCAGCACUGAAGGUAGAGACUGUCCUGGUGUCAGAGUCCAGUAUCAAGUGUGCCAGAACACGCUGUGUCCAGCAGGGGUGCCAAGCUUCAGGGAUUUACAGUGCCGGUCCUUUAACAGGCCUUCGCUUCAGAAGCACUCGUUCCAGUGGUAUUCCGUCACAGAUAAUGAGAAACCCUGCACUUUAUUCUGCUCCACAUUGGGGAAAGACCAGCCGAUACUGCUGGCUGACAAAGUACUUGACGGGACUCUGUGUGGACCUCAGGAAUCGGAUAUCUGUGCAAACGGCACGUGCCAGAAAAUCAGCUGUGACGGUAUACUGGGAUCAUCAGCCAAAGAAGAUAAUUGUGGAUUGUGCAAUGGAAACGGCAAAUCGUGCAAAGUCAUUAAAGGAGAUUUCAACCACACCAGGGGGGCAGGUUAUGUUGAAGCGGUGGUGAUACCAGCAGGAGCAAGAAGAAUCAGAGUAGUGGAGGAAAAACCUGCACACAGCUACUUAGCUCUACGGGAUGCCAGUAAACACUCAAUCAACAGUGACUGGAAGAUUGAACAUCCAGGUUCAUUUAACAUUGCUGGGACAACUGUCCACUAUGUCAGAAGAGGAUUAUGGGAGAAAAUCUCUGCCAAAGGACCCACUACUUCUCCGCUCCAUCUUUUGGUGCUGCUGUUUAAUGACCAAAAUUAUGGAAUCCAUUAUGAGUACACCAUUCCUGUAGACCCUCCCCCAGAGAACCGGAGUGCCAAGACUGUUGAGCCUCUCUUCAUGUGGACGCACUCUGGGUGGGAGGACUGCCACGCUGUGUGUGGUGGAGGGGAAAGAAAAACAAAAGUUACUUGCACCAAGAUCAUGAAUAAGACUACCAGUGUGGUGGACAACAAGAAAUGCCGGUACCUGACUAAACCUGAGCCACAAGUGCGCAAAUGCAAUGACCAGCCCUGCCAGACAAGGUGGAUGAUGACAGAGUGGACUCCUUGCUCAAGGACUUGUGGAAAGGGAUCUCAGGCUCGUCAGGUGUCCUGCACUCAGCAGCUACGCAAUGGGACUCUCAUCAGGGCCAAAGAGCGGGACUGUGUGGGACACAAGCCUGCCGCAACCCAGCGCUGUGAGGGUCAGGACUGUAUGACAGUGUGGGAGGCUGAAGUGUGGUCCGAGUGCUCUGUAAAGUGCGGCAAAGGGGCCCGCCACAGGACUGUGAAAUGCACCAAUCCUCGCAAGAAAUGCGACUUGUCCACACGCCCCAGGGAGGUGGAAGACUGCGAGGAUUACUCCAAGUGCUACGUCUGGAGAACAGGAGACUGGUCCAAGUGCUCAGUAACCUGUGGCAAGGGAAUGCAGUCCAGGGUAAUUCAGUGCAUGCACAAGAUCACUGGAAGGCAUGGAAAUGAAUGCUUCUCAUCCGAGAAGCCCGCUGCUUUCCGACCUUGCCAUCUACAACCCUGCAACGAGAAAAAUAAUGUGAACACCAUCACCUCGCCUAGACUGGCUGCCUUAACAUUCAAGUGCCUACGGGACCAGUGGCCUGUCUACUGUAAAGUCAUCAGAGAGCAGAACCUCUGUCAGGACAUGAGGUGGUACCAGCGCUGCUGUGAGACCUGUAGGGACUUUUAUGCACAAAAAAUGCAGCAAAGAAGUUGACGUCCAACACAAUCAGAACUCUUACAAGAUUUUCCUUGUUAUUUAUAUUAAGAAAACACAAGCAAAAAACACCUUUUUCAAACAAGCAGAUUCUGGAUAAUUGAAUAAGUGUAAUUUAUUCUUGUGCUCUGUGAGGUCAUUUUUGUAGAAAAUAAUAAGAACUGUUUUUUUUAUAUAGUUGGUUCCACACUAAAUAUUAGUAAAUAAGUGUAAACGCUGCAUACUGCUCUCUCUCUCCUUGAAUUCGGCCCCUCUCCUGAUAUUGCCAAGGUUUCUAGGGGAAAUCCUAAUACUGGUCAGUCUAUAUUGAACAGCAAACAUCUGUCGUUUCUACUAUGUACAGUAUAAAGGAAAUGCAGAUAAGAUGGGAAUCUACAAAAGAGGAAAGAAGCAAUAUAGCUCGGUACGUUUUUGUUGGCUGUUGUUCUACCUGGUCUAUUUCAUACAGUCUAUAAUCAUUAAGCCAUGCUAUUUAUCUCUAUGGAGAUUCUCAAUGUCCUUGACUUGCCUAAGCGUUGCUACGUAGAGGAAUCGGUAGUGGCUGCCGUGGUUACAGGUUUGUUGGGUUCAUCUGUGUUCCAGAAAUCCUUGUGAAGAAAUUACCUUUGCACAUAAGCCCUGGAUAUCCCCUUACAUCUAAAAAUCACAAGGAUUCUUGAAAGCAUGACCGACAAAUCCAAAUCAUUAACUCUAUUGUCUCUCACCUUAGUUUACCCAUUUAAUACUGUACAUACCAGGUAAGCACAGUGAUCCACUUGCCAUUUGUUUUCCAAUCCAAUAGAAGGAAAAUUAGACUAACUAUAGUGAACAAGCAAACCUUAAAUAACUUCCAACACUCACACUAGGGUUGGGCUGUAAGAAAACACGAAGUGGAGUAUUCUUAAUCCCUGACAUGGAGUCUAGGGGAACCCUGCAUGUUAAAUAAAGGUUAUUACAAUUGAGUGUUAACUGACACAACACAGGCAGCCUGUAAGCCUAAAAAGAGACUAUAGAAUUUCACAUACAGUGUUAUAAUAGUAAUAAUUAUUGGGAAGUGCAGCCUUGGCUAUUUUUCAUCCUGGGUUGACCUUUCAUUCCAAGGUUAUAAUUUGAGAGCAGUAUUCAUUCAGUAAGAUCUAAAGCCACAUUUCAGGUUUAAGUCAUGAAAGUGACCCACAGUACCAGCUAAAUCUGCCUUCUAGUGACCAAAGUUGAAAUACAAGGUUGGAGCGGGGCAUUGCAGUGUUAAAAAAAAAAAAAAAAAAAAAAAAAAAGUUU